AUGUUUAGAAAGGCAACCACAGAGCAUUACAGCAAGUGCAGUCCUGUGGACCCACACAGGCUCCUUUAUGGUUGGAUUGGGCCCCGCUAUGUAAGCGAUCGGAUUGGGCCCCCGCUAGGUAAGCGAUCGGAUUGGGCCCCCGCUAGGUGGUGGAAACACCGUAUAGGGCUAUUUACAUUCAAACUGACAAUUUGCAAGCCACUGUUUUCCUAUAUCUACGAGGAAGACAAUCACAAAAAACCUUAUGGGACACAGGAAGUGAAGAAAAGACCCGCUCUAGCCUUCUUCCUAAGGAUGCUGAGGGGAUGCUCACUGAGAACUGUCACUAGUGGUCCCUCCUUAAACAUUGUGUUCUGCUCACUAGCCACGCCUAUGUUUAUCUUCUCUAUGACUGUUCUGACAUCCAAAGCUUGUGUCCUGGGUGUUUCUACACCAGGCUGUGAAUGCAGUAUCACAAAACAUCCUUCAGAUAUCAAGUUCAAGCCUCUGAAUAAAACUAAGGAGUACACAGCUUGUGAACUCAUGAACAUAUACAAGACUGACAACCACCUUAAGCAUUAUUUACAUAUCAUUGAAAAUAAGCCUCUGUAUCCAGUUAUCUAUGAUAGCAAUGGUGUAGUCCUCUCAAUGCCGCCGAUCAUAAAUGGGGAUCAUUCAAGAAUAACAGUAAAUACUAGGAAUGUAUUUGUCGAAUAUACAGGGACUGACUUAACUAAGGCAAAAAUUGUGCUUGACAUUAUCGUCACCAUGUUCAGUGAAUACUGUGACGACCAGUUUACAGUUGAAGCAGCUGAAGUAGUUUCUCCUAAUGGAAAAUCAAGUACCUUUCCAGAGCUGGCUUACAGAAAGGAGAUGGUGAGAGCUGAUUUAAUUAACAAGAAAGUUGGAAUCAGGGAAACUCCUGCAAAUCUUGCCAAGCUCCUGACCAGGAUGUAUCUGAAGUGAGAAGUCAUAGGUGACGGCAAUCAGAAUGAGGUUGAAAUUCCUCCGACCAGAGCCAACGUCAUCCAUGCAUGUGACAUUGUGGAAGAUACAGCUAUAGCUUAUGGCGGUAACAACAUUCAUAUGUCUCUGCCGAAAACAUACACCAUAGCUAAUCAAUUUCCUCUCAACAAGCUCACAGAGCUCCUCAGACUUGACAUGGCUGCCGCUGGCUUCACUGAGGCACUUACAUUUGCUCUGUGCUCCCAAGAAGAUAUUGCUGAUAAACUUGGCUUGGAUAUCUCUGCAACAAAGGCAGUCCAUAUAAGUAACCCCAAAACUGCUGAGUUUCAGGUGACGCGCACUACCCUUCUUCCUGGCCUUCUGAAGACCAUAGCAGCAAACCGGAAGAUGCCCCUUCCUCUCAAACUGUUUGAAAUCUCUGACAUUGUAGUAAAAGAUUCCAGCAAAGAUGAGGGUGCAAGAAACUCCAGGCAUCUCUGUGCUGUUUAUUACAACAAGAACCCUGGGUUUGAGGAGGAGGAGGAGAUGAGGGAGGUGAAACGGUGA